AAUCCAAACACCGGGCAGCCACGUCACAUUCGUUUCAGACUCGCGUGGUUUGCAGCAAUCAUCAGUCCGACCGUCCGCUUCCAAUGAUCUGGUCGUUAGCAUUCUCGAAUGCAAGCCUACAAACAUUAGCUGGCAGUGACCACUGCCACCGUCUUCGACCAGGAACAUGAGCCGUAUAGGAAAAUCUACCAGGGAGGGUGAUCUCCUUGAGCCGCCAAAGGCUCUGCUCCUCCCGUAUUCUCACCGCCAUAGCCGCGAUUUUGCUCUGCAAAAGUAUCUUCUCCUGCACGACCAACACGAGUUCCUUAGACAGCAUCUUGACGAGCUUCGACCGAACCCGGCCUACCGUAGUUCGAUGUGUACUCCCAGUUCGCCCAAUCCUGUCGACAAUUCAGGGGAUAUGUCCCACCUACCCGGGCAGUCCGGCCGACGUCCCUCUGGCUUUUCGCUUCCGACGAAAAAGCCAUCCUACCCCUUUCCGUACAUGAGCGAAGCUACACCCGACGAGGUGGCGGUGGAGGAAGCCAGACUUUGCGACGUCAACGAGGGCAUGAAGCGCGCCCUGACGGAGCUGCUGAACUGCGAGACGGUCCGUGGAGAUCAAGCCUUCCGCACCUGGGUUCAGCACCGACUCAUGGAUACGGAACGGGAGUUGCGGAGCGGUAGGAGGCGGCGUAGCGCGCCUGGACCUUGACCAGUUGGCCUCGCGUUGGACUUCCAUCUAUCGCAGCCUGGAGGGGUUUUACCAGCACAGGCCUAUGUCAAGCACCUUGAUGGGCCGCCUUUGUCUUCUCUCUGCAACUGCAAUACAUCCAUGUAUGUAUGCUACUUUAAAUACUUUAAUUUUGUUCAGCUCUUGGAAUGGCUUCAUCUUUAGCAUGGAGUUUGGGGGAAUUGAGCUCAAGCUCAGGGUGGACGUCACUUGGAGU